ACCCGAACAGUUGCAGUUCGAGCGCCGAUCGUGCCGGUUGUGGAUCGCUUUUCCGUUCGUCUUGGAUUUUCUUUGGGGGAAAUACUUAGUUAAGCAAAGCCAAGCGGCAUCGAAAUAAAUCUUGUGCGUGAUCCAAAAAUAACACCGUGAAACUAUCUGCAAAAGGGGGACAAAAACAGAACGCGUGCCAAGUGCUCGAGUAAAAAUGUUUACGCGAAGAAGGCAUCCAAGUUAAUCAGUUCGAAGAAAACUUGCCGCAAAGUGAUUUAUUUUCAGUGUGGUGCAAUCGUUUGUGAAUGAAAAACAAUCGAAAAUAAAUAUCUUUUCUGCACAUCCGCUGAAAGUGACAAACGUAAAUAAUAAAACCAGCUGAGUCCCUCUGCGUCCAUUGCCAAAAUAAUUUGCGCAUUUUCGGACCAGAUCAAAGAUAUAACAAAUCAACCGCCAAUUGUGUUUUUCUUUCGGCAUACAAAGUUCGGACGCACAAAAGCCGGAUAAAGUUUUGUAGCCAAAUGAAAUGAAAUACGGCAAUGGGAGUGGGAUAGGACGUGAAACUAAGCGAACUGGACAAAGGAGCCUGCCUGCUAAACAUUGCAAGUAAAUAAGCUGGCGAAACUAUUUAAGGCGCUCAAAGCGAGUCCAUGUAAAUACGGAGCGUCGGAAAAAUGUGAGCCACUCGGUUGGACAUCUAAACAGGAGGGAAACCAAAAAGAAAAAAGUACAAUUAACAAAACAGGAAAACUGGGGAGCAGGCUAAGACAAACACGAAACACAAGCGGAAUGUGAAAAGUUUUUGGCCAAAACACACUGUAGGGCCGAAAUUAAUAUUGAAAAUAGUGGGCGAAAACCAAACGGAAGAGCCGAAUCCUCCGAACGGAAGACAAAGCCAUGAAGUUUCGUUCGGCAGCAUUUUGGCUAUUUCUGCUGACAGUUGGUGGCAAUCACAUGCAAUUAAGCCCCGGUGGCUGCUGGGGCGUGGCAGCAGAAAUCGCCCAGAAUGCAGCCAGCGAGUUUCACCAGGGAAAUGAGCUGGAAAAUUCACUAAAAUUGCGUGCGACCCCAAAGCAAACGCGGGUUGUCGGCGACAUCACAACGACAUCGACGGAUGCCACUGCCGCCAAAUCAAUUGGCCAUCAGCCGAUGCGACGUGCCAAGGCCACCUCCUCCGGCCAGAAUUUGGAGCAUCAUUUCAGGCAGAGUGUGGUUCAGCUUUUUGACAGCGACGAGCGGCAAGAGUCCAGUGAAGCAGCAAUAACCGACUUCGGUGACGAUGACGGCGCCACGGCCACAAAUUCAGCCGCGAACUCGGCAGAAGCCACAACCACACAUCAUCCCGAACGACGACAUGUGGUGCCCGACAAGCUUCAAUACACCAAGGAGAUUCAGGUGAAGCAGGGUCGGCUCAUGGGAAUUACCCGUCGCUUCCAGGUCACGAGUGGGCUGCGCCACGUCGACCAGUUCCUGGGGUUGCCUUAUGCAGAGGCUCCUACCGGAAACCGACGCUUCAUGCCACCAGGUGCUCCCUUGCCUUGGCAAGGCUUGAAGAUAGCUCGCCACCUUCCGCCGGUAUGCCCACAAAAGUUGCCGGACCUGUCGCCACAUGGAAGUAAGAACAUGUCCCGGGGUCGCUUCAGACACCUGACCCGUCUAUUUCCUUACUUGCGAGUGGAAAGUGAGGACUGUCUGUACCUGAAUUUAUAUGUGCCACAUGAAGAGACCCAAAGUACACCAAAAAAAUAUGCAGUUCUGGUUUAUUUACAUGGCGAGUCCUUUGAGUGGAACAGUGGCAAUCCCUACGAUGGUUCCGUUUUGGCCAGUUAUGGUGAAGUGAUUGUAGUCACUGUCAAUUACCGUUUAGGUGUGCUGGGUUUCCUGCGCCCCAGCAUCGACGCCCACAAUAUUGCCAACUACGCUCUGUUGGAUCAGAUUGCGGCUCUCCAUUGGAUUAAGGAGAACAUAGACGCCUUCGGCGGAGACAACUCGCGGGUCACGCUGAUGGGUCACAGCACUGGAGCGGCAUGUGUCAAUUAUCUAAUGGUGUCGCCGGUGGCCUCAGGCCUCUUCCACCGCGCCAUCCUUAUGUCCGGGUCGGCCAUGUCCGACUGGGCCGCCAGCAAUCAGUCCUUGCAAUUGACCAUGCAAAUCGCCCACGCCCUCGACUGCCCCCUCCACGAGCAUGUGGAGGCGGAGGACGAUGAUGUUCUGCUGGAUUGUUUGCGCCAUCGACGCUACCAGGAUAUCUUGCACAUACCAACAGCGCUCACACAAUUUUCAACAUCAUUGGGUCCAAUUGUCGAUGGACAUGUAAUACCAAAUCAACCGUACAAGGUCAUGGGGCAUUAUACGGAGCACUUCAGCCGUUAUGAUUUAUUAUUCGGCAUCACGGAGUCAGAAUCCUAUCACACACUGGCCGCAUUAGCACUCGAGGAAGGAUUACGUGAAAAUGAACGCGAUAAUUUAUUGCGCUUCUAUAUGCAGAGCCGCUUUGAUGUACGCCCCGAUUUGGCAUUGGCUGCCACGCUGAAGAAAUACCAGGACAUGUACAACAAUCCGAUUAAGGCCACUAAUUUGGAGCACCGUGACGUGGUGCUGGACAUUCUGUCCGAUGCCCGAGUGGUGGGGCCGCUCCUGCAGACGGGAACGUUCCACGCGGAUGUCAAUCGGCGCAAUUAUAUGUACGUAUUCGGCCAUAACAGCGCAACUGGACCUUAUGCCCACCUACCGCACAGCAUUAUGGGCGAGGAAUUGGCGUUCAUCUUCGGGGCACCUCUGGCGCCCGCCGGUCCCUUUCCCAGCAACAACUACACGGUGCAGGAAAAGCUGCUUUCCGAGGCGGUAAUGGCAUAUUGGACGAAUUUCGCAAAGACUGGUAAUCCCAAGGCGCCAUGGAAGGGAACCUUUCUGAAUUCACAUGCCCUCGAGUGGGAUCGCUAUGAUUUGGACUGGCCGGAGUUUAACAGAAAGUCUCAGGCUUACUUAAAUAUAGGGAUUCCUCCAACUGUGGGCUUCAAGUACCGGCAAAUCUAUAUGAAUUUCUGGAACAAAGAACUGCCGGACGAAAUCAACCAAAUAGCUGCUAUUCAAGAACAAUUGCAUAGUCCUAGCCACGAAGUCAUCACUGGCCACAUGAGCAAGUAUGGCCCACGAGAUCAUGACUCCGAGGAUCCAGUCAGAGUCCUUAAACAGCUUCUGCAGGAGCCCACCUUAGCCGGUCCGGAGUCCACGGAAACAGCAGCGGAAAAUAUGUACAAUGCCCCUCCAACUUUUGGGAACGUUCAUAAGAUACAGAGCGGAAGCGAUUUUGAAUUGAUAACUCCACCGAAUUCAUACGAUAAUGGGGAAGAUCAGCAAAGAUCAGAGUCCCCAGAAACGGUAGCCAAGUCGGAGAUAACACUUCAGCUGCUAAUUGCCUUGAUUGCUAUAAUAAUUGCUUUAAAUGUGAUCAUCUAUGGCACCUUUUGGUUGCGCCAGCGAAGAAGAAGGGCCAAGGCCUUGCCCUUCCCAGGUCCCAAGCUGGGUGGACACAUUCUCAGUUACGAUGGCGCCAACGAUGAGGAGCUGAAACGCUGCAGUAAGUCCCGCGAUGGCGACGACAGCUUUGUCCUGGAAGUGACAAGAAAAUCCAACACUUACGAAGCCAUCAAAACAGGUCAAAGGUCGUUGAGUUGCUCCACUGUGGAUACCCAUACGAAAGUGUGUGAGUGGAUGUCGGGACAGGAGGCGCCCAAGGCUGGAAGUUUUGCCACAUCUACACCCCCGCCCCAUCAGCCCAUGUUGGCGGAUGGCAGGCUCAUCAUUUGCCAGGACAUCGAGGUGGCCGACGCAGCUCUACUCAUUCCACAACACAUGCACGAGCCACAGCACUACGAGAUGCUGCUCCAGCGCCAGCAUUCGGCUCUUACGGAGCCCAGCGAGGAUGUCCUGCAGCCACAGUUUUCCACACGAAGCCACGCCCACUCCCACUCGGAUCCGGUGGACAUGAUCUUGGCCGCCGAUGAACAGAUCACAAGUUUUGUACACGCCGACGAUGUGGAUAUAAAUGUGACAAGUAGGGAUGAUCCAGGAGUCCUGGAAAUUAUACCACUAACAGCCGCACAGCAACUAGAACUGUUGCGGCAACGCAACUACCCAAAGGUCCUGCCUACGGAGCAGGAAUUCUUGGACACUACAUACAAGAGGAACUCGUUGCCACCGCAGAAUUAUUAUGCUCCCCAGCCGCCGCCCAGGACCAUUAGCAAUACCUUGGGUCGCCGGCGAAGAGAUAGUAGCAACGUGACCACCUCGCCCCUCCAACUGGCCAAAGACAAUGGCGCGGAUGACGAGGACAGCCUGCGGGAGCCGCAAAUCACGCAAAAUACUCUGAUAGUGGGACCCAUUGUGCCCAAGUCGCCGGCCACAUCGUUAAAGAGGCGCAAGGAUAAGGAGCCCUUGGCGUCGGCCAUGACGGCGUUGAGCGGAUCCUUCCAGUCCUUCGAGUCUGUGCCUCCGGCUCAUGAGACCACACCACCGCAGGGCGAGCGCACCGAGUGCAUUUAUGCCAUUGAAGCCACCCCCAGCUCUCCAGCCACUCCCAUGAGUCCUGGAAGUUGCAGCUGGUCGGCACCCAAUGGCGAUUUAUAUGCUCAGCCCAUGAAAUCGCCCUCAAGGACCUCGCUCAUCCCACGCCCCACCCACUCGGUGCCGGUUGCUACCUUACAGGCUCCGCCAACGGGUGAUGGUGUCCCAGGGGCUACACCAAGCCGCAUUCCCCAACUGCAACGUCAGGCUUCCGGUAAGGAUUUGCAGGCAACGUUGCAGGCCGCAUUGACGGAAAACACCGCAAAUCCCUCGGGAUGCCAGCAACGAACUGAUUCCACAAUAUCGUCGGGCUCGUCGGCAUCCAAUGACUCAUCCACCGGCUCAUCCACAGGAUCCUCGUCAUCGUCGUCCACCGGAACCGUACGCACCGAACUGCAGCAGUUCCAGCCGCUGCCCGGCCGAAGUAUUACAACCAAUAUAUAGAGGAACUU